AUGACUAUGUUAGCUCCUUCUGCCAGUAGUCAAUUUCAAAGCCGAGAUUCUUUAAUUAGAUUUGUACAAACAUUUGGUGCUUCUAAUGGCUAUGCCAUAUCUAUUGCAAGAUCAAAAGAACGUAAAGUGUAUUUGUGUUGUGAUCGGAGUAGAAGAUAUAGAAAUCAGUUAAAUCUCACAGAUGAAACACGUAAAAAAAAAACUGGUACUAGGUUAAUUGAAUGCCCUUUCUCAGUGUGUGAAAAUAUAUCUGCUUAUCCAUCUCUUAGAAGGUUGGAUACACAAGUGCAAAAACAGUUGAGCGAAAUAACAAAUGCAGGGGUCUGUCCCCAUAAAAUAUUAUCAUCCCUUCGCCAGAAUAAUCCUUCAAUAUCAACAAUAUCACAGGACAUUUAUAACAUUCAUACAAAGCUUUGUCAAGAAAAUUUACAAGGAUGUAUCUCUGUUCAGGCACUUUUAGAAAAUCUCAAGAAAGGUCAAUUCAAGUAUAACUAUAAGUAUGAUAAUGAUGGACAUUUAUUUAACGGUAUUGAAAAACCAAAAGUUAUCGUAACUGACCGAGAACUGGCACUUAUGCAUGCUCUUGAACAUACGUUCCCUGAUUCAAAAAACCUUCUUUGCAUUUGGCAUAUAGAGAAGAAUAUUCUUACUAAAUGUAAAAGCCAUUUCUGUACUGAAGAGGAGUGGGUAGCAUUUCUUCAAUGUUGGACAAGCAUAGUAAAAUCCAAAACGGAUAAUGAUUUUUAUACACAAUGGACUGAAUUAUGCACCACAGAGACAUCUCGUGUAGAGGGAGCACAUGCAAUAUUAAAGAGAUACUUGCAAGUCUCAGUAGGCAAUUUACAUUUGGUGUAUCAAAAAAUUUCAUUAUUGUUAGAAAAUCAGCAUAAUGAAAUUAAAGAGUUGGUUGAAAAAAACAAAACUUGUGUACCCUAUACUCAAAGUAUUCCCUUUUAUGCUAGAUUGGUUACCAAUAUUUCUUUAUAUACUUUAAAAAAAAUAUACAAACAAUUUAUUAAAGCUUCAAAUGCAACUCACGAUAACUCUCUUGAACCAUGUACUGGUACAUUCAAUGCGUCGAUGGGUCUUCCGUGUGCACAUCUUAUUCAAAAACGUUUGGCAAAUAAUCAAUUACUGGAUCUUAGUGAUAUUUAUCAAUACUGA